GAACGGGCCGGGCCAUCGUACGUACAAGUGCUUAAUAAGAAAAAAAGAAGAAAAUAGCAGAAAAAUAGUAUAAUUUAAUUUUAAUUUGUGUGAACAGUAAAAAAUUUAUUUUUUAACGUUUUCGUUUCUGUGCGUGAGUUUUUUUUAAGAACUAACACUACGGAAUUACUAAUAAUAAGGAAAAAAAGAGACAAGAGUAAAGAAUCAGAUUAUAAAUUUUAUGAAAGAACGUUUGAAUAAACGAAAAAAAGAACACAUAAACUCUUAUAACUGAUUUUUGUGUAUACUAAAGGAUUCAGAAACAGUUUUGUGAAAAGAAAAGACAAAUAUAGAAAUUCGUUUCCAAGUGAACCAAUUUUUGGAUAUAAACAAGUGCAACAUUUUUUGUGAAAAAGAAUUUUCGGUAUUAAGAGAUUGAGUGAGAGUGUGUUGUUGUUACUGCUUCUCAAUUUGGAGUCGCCGUGUUAAGUGAUUUAGUGAGCUCGUGUUUGUAUUCAACAUCGUCAUCAUCCGUGCGCGUUGUGUUGUCAUUCACUACCACAAUAAAGCUCAGUGCCGUCAUUAAAUAUAUAAUAUAGAAAGAAAGUACAUACACGCACGACAAAAGGAAAAGUUCUAGUCCGUCGUUUUUCGUUGUUGUUCGCAACGACGUCGUUUUAUUUGGUUAAACGCAUAAGGAAUUCCAUUUGACCCACCCAAAAUUUUGUGCGCGCGCGAACCAAACCGCACAACUUCAUAUCUUUCGCAAUAACAAUCAUUUCAUCAUCAAAACGGAUAAAAAUUGACAUUUCGGAUUUAAUUUCGAAAAAUCGUUGCCGUUGCAAAAAUUUAUUGUGUCAGUGUUUAGCUGGCCAUUGAAGCGUAGCGUCAUUUUUUGUUUUGAUUGUUGACUACGAAAAACAAAAAAAAACAAAAGGACGGCGUCCAUUCACCAUGACGCCUCAACAUAGUUGAAGCUCAACUCCAGCAAUAUUCAUGUACCACACCACAUGUAUGUGAACAAUACCGCAUCGGUUUCAUCUCAAUUCAUCGCUUUCAAACACCGAAAAUUCAGACCCGCAUUUUUAUCAUGUAAUCGAAUUUUCGUUCGUUUGUUUUUAGGGCGGUCAUGAAAAAAAUUCUUGGCCACUGGAUUGUUUCGAGUCCCAGUUGUUGUCGUGUAACUGCUGUGACUAAAUUUACCGCGAUCCUGAUUCCUUCUCGAACGACAGUUAGCUCGUGGGGCCCGAGCCAGCCGUUGUUCGUUGGCCUGCUUCGUGCCCCUUCAAUACAUCAUUGUUAGCAGGCCUUGGUUGGAGGCUCUUUAUUCAUUGGGUUGGUUAUAGAAAAUGAUAGACGAUUUAAGUUCGAUAUCCGAGGAAGAACGCUGCUUGUUCCGUCCCUUCACCCGCGAAUCAUUAGUCGUAAUUCAAGGUCGUAUUGCUGAGGAACAACGUAAACUAAAAGAGUUGGAAAGGAAAAGAGCCGAAGGAGAGGUACCACAAUAUGGGCGAAAGAAAAAGCAAAAAGAAAUCCGAUAUGAUGACGACGAUGAAGAUGAAGGCCCACAACCGGAUCCUACACUCGAACAGGGUGCACCUAUACCUGUUCGAUUGCAGUCUUCUUUUCCAGCGGAACUGGCCUCCACUCCUCUCGAGGAUAUCGACAAUUAUUAUUCGAAUCAACUGACAUUUGUAGUUGUUAGUAAAGGAAAGGAUAUUUUUCGCUUUUCCGCAACCAAAGCAAUGUGGUUACUUGACCCGUUUAAUCCAAUUCGUCGUGUAGCUAUUUAUAUUUUAGUGCAUCCAAUUUUUUCUUGUUUAAUCAUCUUUACAAUUCUCACAAAUUGUGUAUUAAUGAUAAUGCCGGCGUCGCCAAUCGUCGAAUCAACCGAGGUGAUAUUCACUGGAAUCUACACAUUUGAAUCAGCUGUAAAAGUGAUGGCCCGCGGUUUCAUUUUGUGUCCGUUCACGUAUCUGCGUGAUGCGUGGAAUUGGCUGGAUUUCGUAGUAAUAACAUUAGCCUAUGUGACAAUGGGAAUCGAUUUGGGUAAUUUAGCGGCGUUGCGUACAUUUCGUGUACUGCGUGCCUUGAAAACUGUUGCCAUUGUACCGGGUUUGAAGACCAUCGUUGGUGCUGUCAUUGAAUCGGUAAAAAAUCUGCGCGAUGUGAUAAUUUUAACGAUGUUUUCGUUAUCGGUAUUCGCUUUGAUGGGCCUGCAAAUUUACAUGGGCGUGCUAACGCAAAAAUGCAUUCGCCAAUUUCCAUUGGAUGGCUCAUGGGGCAAUUUAACCGAUGAAAAUUGGGAUAAUUUUAUGAAAAACGACACAAACUGGUUUAAAGAGGAAGGUGCACUGGAAUAUCCACUAUGUGGUAAUUCAUCGGGUGCCGGAACAUGCCCUGAAGGAUAUUUCUGUUUGCAAGGCUUCGGAAAGAAUCCAAACUAUGGCUACACCAGUUUUGAUACAUUCGGUUGGGCGUUUUUAUCCGCUUUUCGUCUGAUGACACAAGAUUACUGGGAGAAUUUGUACCAAUUAGUGUUAAGAUCUGCCGGACCGUGGCACAUGCUUUUCUUCAUCGUUAUCAUAUUUCUUGGUUCGUUCUAUCUCGUUAAUUUGAUCUUGGCUAUUGUCGCCAUGUCAUACGAUGAACUCCAAAAGAAAGCCGAAGAAGAAGAGGCAGCCGAAGAGGAAGCGCUUAGAGAAGCUGAACAGGCAGCAGUAGCAAAACAGGCGAAAAUUGAAGCGCAUGCAGCGGCAGCAGCGAAUGCAGCAGCCGCUGCAGUUGCGGCGGCCGAAGCUGCAGCUCACCCGGAAAUGGCAAAGAGUCCAUCGGAUUUUUCAUGUCAUAGUUACGAAUUGUUCGUUGGCCAAGAGAAAGGAAACGAUGACAACAACAAGGAGAAAAUGUCAAUCCGUAGCGAAGGAUUGGAGUCGGUGAGCGAAAUGCAAAGACCAACUGCACCAUCAGCCGGCACAAUGGCGUCCAAGGUUCGCAAAGUCAGCACGACAUCGCUGUCUUUACCCGGUUCACCGUUCAAUAUUCGAAGAGGUUCACGCGGUUCGCACCAGUUCACGAUUCGAAAUGGUCGCGGUCGUUUUGGUAUACCAGGUAGUGAUCGUAAACCAUUGGUACUAUCGACGUAUUUGGAUGCACAGGAACAUUUACCAUAUGCUGAUGAUUCAAAUGCGGUUACUCCAAUGUCCGAAGAAAAUGGGGCCAUCAUUGUUCCAGUUUACUACACAAAUAUGGGUAUUUUAGGAUCAAGACAUUCAUCAUAUACAUCACAUCAGUCUCGCAUAUCAUACACAUCGCACGGUGAUUUACUAGGAACUAAAGAACAAAAACUUAGACAUAGAUCACGAAAUCAAUCAGUAGUUACGCAACAACCAUUUGCCGGUCCAUACACCGAUAUCAAUCACAAAGGUCAUCGAGACUACGAUCAUGGAUCAGAUUAUACUGAUGAGGCUGGUAAAAUAAAACAUAGUAACGACAAUCCGUUUAUUGAACCCGUCCAUGGGCAAACUGUUGUAGAUAUGAAAGAUGUGAUGGUUUUGAAUGACAUCAUUGAACAAGCUGCCGGUAGACAAAGUCGUGAAGGUGAUCAAGGUGUUUCUGUCUACUAUUUUCCAACAGAAGACGAUGAUGAUGACGACGAUGGUCCAACGUUCAAAGAGAAAUUAACAGCAUUUUCAAUGAGAAUGAUUGACAUGUUUUGCGUAUGGGAUUGUUGUGCGCCAUGGUUAAAACUUCAAAGUUGGAUUUCAUUCAUCGUAUUUGAUCCGUUCGUAGAAUUAUUUAUCACAUUGUGUAUCGUAAUAAACACAUUGUUCAUGGCACUUGAUCAUCACGACAUGAAUCGUAAUAUAGAGAGAAUCUUGAAAACUGGCAAUUAUUUUUUUACGGCAACAUUUGCCAUCGAAGCAACGAUGAAACUCUGCGCAAUGAGUCCCAAAUACUAUUUCCAAGUCGGUUGGAAUAUAUUCGAUUUUAUAAUUGUUGCACUAUCAUUGGUUGAGCUCGGACUGGAAGGUGUACAAGGAUUGUCUGUAUUACGAUCAUUCCGUUUGCUUCGAGUAUUCAAAUUGGCCAAAUCGUGGCCAACAUUGAAUUUAUUAAUUUCGAUUAUGGGCCGAACGAUGGGCGCUUUAGGUAAUUUGACCUUUGUAUUGUGCAUUAUUAUCUUCAUAUUUGCCGUAAUGGGAAUGCAACUAUUUGGAAAAAACUACGUCGAUCGUGUAUUUUUAUUUCCGGACGGUGACAUGCCCCGAUGGAAUUUCACGGAUUUUAUGCAUUCAUUUAUGAUUGUGUUUCGUGUAUUGUGCGGAGAAUGGAUCGAAUCAAUGUGGGACUGUAUGUUAGUCGGUGACGUUUCAUGUAUCCCAUUUUUUCUAGCCACCGUUGUCAUUGGCAAUUUAGUCGUUCUCAAUCUUUUCUUGGCCUUGCUUUUGAGUAAUUUCGGUUCAUCAAGUUUAUCAGCGCCGGCUGCCGAUCAAGAUACAAAUAAAAUAUUUGAAGCAUUCAAUCGUAUCGGUCGAUUUCAGCGUUGGAUUAAACAAGGCAUAUGCAAUGCACUUAAAUCUAUAAAAAAUAAGCUAACAAAUCAAAUCAGCGAUCAGCCAGGUGAGCGGACACAUCACAACAGUUGGAUAUGGAAUGAAGAACAUGGUGAUAAUGAACUCGAGUUAGGACCCGACGACAUCCUGGUGGACGGUCUCAUAAAAAAAGGUAUCAAAAACCAAAGCGAACUCGAAGUGGCCAUUGGCGAUGGCAUGGAAUUCACCAUUCACGGCGAUCUCAAAUCCAAAAAUAAAAAGACUAAAACACUUCUGAACAAUGCCAAGAUGAUUGGAAAUUCGAUAAAUCAUCAUGACAAUAGAUUAGUUCAUGAAUUAAAUCAUAGAGGUAUGUCCUUGCAGGACGACGAUACGGCUAGCAUUAAAUCAUACGGGAGCCAUAAAAACCGUAUGUUCAAAGAUGAAAGUCACAAAGGUAGCGCUGAAACAUUGGACGGAGAAGAGAAACGCGAUGCAAGCAAAGAGGAGCGUAUGGACAUGGAACGCGAUUUAGAUGACGAUAUUGAAGGAGAAGAGAGUCUCGGUGAUGAUGGUGUGGAUGUGAUACAUGCAGAAGAAGAUGAACUUAUAGAAGAAGGACCAAUAGACUGCUUACCAGAAUCGUGUUACACGAAAUUCCCAAUAUUUGCCGGUGACGAAGACUCACCAUUUUGGCAAGGAUGGGGCAAUUUACGUCUGAAAACAUUUCGUUUAAUCGAAAAUAAGUACUUCGAAACGGCCGUCAUCACAAUGAUUUUACUGAGUAGUAUGGCUUUAGCACUUGAAGAUGUUCAUCUACCUCAACGACCGAUUCUACAAGAUAUUCUGUAUUACAUGGAUCGCAUAUUCACCGUGAUAUUCUUCUUGGAGAUGUUAAUCAAGUGGGUUGCGCUCGGUUUUAAAGCAUACUUCAAUAAUGCUUGGUGCUGGCUUGAUUUCGUCAUUGUUAUGGUGUCGUUAAUCAACUUUGUCGCUUCACUUUGUGGAGCCGGAGGCAUUCAAGCGUUCAAAACAAUGCGAACGCUUCGAGCUCUGAGACCGCUACGUGCCAUGUCCCGUAUGCAGGGCAUGAGGGUUGUCGUUAAUGCACUGGUGCAAGCUAUACCGUCCAUCUUCAACGUAUUGUUGGUGUGUUUAAUCUUUUGGCUUAUUUUCGCUAUUAUGGGUGUACAGCUUUUUGCCGGAAAAUAUUUCAAGUGUGUCGAUAGUAAUAAAACUACAUUAAGUCACGAAAUCAUCCCGGAUCGAAAUACAUGUGAAGCGGAAAAUUAUACGUGGGAAAAUUCGCGGAUGAAUUUCGACCACGUAGGCAAAGCGUAUUUGUGUCUAUUUCAAGUGGCUACAUUCAAAGGAUGGAUUCAAAUUAUGAAUGAUGCCAUUGAUUCACGUGAUAUUGACAAGCAGCCGAUUCGUGAAACAAACAUUUAUAUGUACUUGUAUUUUGUAUUCUUCAUCAUAUUCGGAUCAUUCUUUACGCUGAAUCUAUUCAUUGGUGUGAUUAUCGAUAACUUUAAUGAGCAAAAGAAAAAAGCAGGCGGUUCAUUAGAAAUGUUCAUGACUGAGGAUCAGAAGAAAUACUAUAAUGCAAUGAAAAAAAUGGGUUCAAAGAAACCAAUGAAAGCGAUACCAAGGCCUAGAUGGCGACCGCAAGCAAUAGUGUUCGAAAUAGUAACCGACAAAAAAUUCGAUAUGGUCAUCAUGUUGUUUAUCGGUUUUAAUAUGCUGACCAUGACAAUGGAUCAUUAUCAACAAACAGAACAAUUUAGCAUGGUUUUAGAUUAUUUAAAUAUGAUAUUUAUUUGUAUAUUCACCAGUGAAUGCUUAUUAAAAAUCUUCGCACUUCGAUACCAUUAUUUUGUCGAGCCAUGGAAUUUCUUUGAUUUAGUUGUAGUUACAUUGUCCAUUUUAAGUCUUGCACUAAGCGAAUUCAUCGAAAAAUAUUUUGUAUCGCCAACAUUAUUGCGUGUAGUUCGUGUAGCUAAAGUAGGUCGCGUUUUACGUUUGGUUAAAGGUGCUAAAGGUAUCCGUACGCUGCUGUUUGCCUUGGCAAUGUCGCUGCCAGCCUUAUUUAAUAUAUGUCUGCUACUAUUUCUCGUGAUGUUUAUUUUCGCUAUAUUCGGCAUGUCAUUUUUUAUGCAUGUCAAAGACAAAAGCGGUUUAGACGAUGUAUAUAAUUUUAAAACGUUCCCGCAGAGCAUGAUCCUAUUGUUUCAAAUGUCUACCUCAGCUGGAUGGGAUGGUGUGCUGGAUGGUAUAAUAAAUGAGGAAGAUUGUAAUCCACCAGAUAAUGAUCGUGGCUAUCCGGGAAAUUGCGGUUCAUCGACAAUCGGUAUCACAUUUUUACUGUCGUAUUUGGUGAUCAGUUUCUUGAUUGUCAUCAACAUGUAUAUUGCCGUCAUUUUGGAGAAUUAUUCACAAGCCACCGAAGAUGUGCAAGAGGGUUUAACCGAUGAUGAUUACGAUAUGUACUAUGAAAUUUGGCAGCAAUUCGAUCCAGAGGGUACACAAUACAUACGCUACGAUCAAUUGUCUGAUUUUCUUGAUGUGCUUGAGCCACCGUUACAAAUUCACAAGCCGAAUAAAUACAAAAUCAUCUCGAUGGAUAUACCAAUUUGUCGAGGCGAUUUAAUGUUUUGCGUGGAUAUUUUGGACGCGUUGACAAAGGAUUUCUUUGCACGCAAAGGUAAUCCAAUUGAGGAAACCGGAGAACUUGGCGAAAUUGCGGCGCGGCCGGAAGAAGAAGGCUACGAACCUGUUUCGUCUACUCUCUGGCGUCAACGCGAAGAAUACUGUGCUCGGCUGAUUCAAAAUGCGUGGCGCAAGCACAAAUUGCAUAAAGAAACACCCUAUGCAACGGGUGAUGAAACUGAUGUGGAUCAAAAUAAUGCUGGCGGCGGCGGUGGUGUUAGUGGUGGUGGUGGCGGAACGAGUGGUGCUAGUGGUGGUAAUGGAAACAUCAAUAUACAUUCCAAUUCAAAUAACAAUGAUAAUAGUGAUGGGAACAAUAUGAACGGUAUUGCUGCGGCGGUGGCGGCAGCGGCAGCAGCUAGCGACGCAAAAUUUGAGCCCGAUAAUGAUUGCGACGAUGGCAAUACAUCACCAUCAAAGGAUAAAGAUGGAGAUAAUGGUAGCCAAGGACGGCAAACUGCUGUGCUUGUUGAAAGUGAUGGUUUCGUUACGAAAAAUGGCCAUCGCGUUGUGAUACAACAUUCCCGUUCACCCAGCACAACAUCAAGAUCGGCUGACGUCUGAGAAUCGUUCGCCUCACCUCUAAACGAAGCACGACAGAAAUGAAAACCACCAAAAUUUUAUUUUGCAACUUUAAAAACAAAACAAAAAACACAACAACAACAAUUUUUAAACGCUUUUUUUCUCUUCUCUUCGCCAUUUUUCUCUAUCGAACAAAGAGUGAGGAAUGGACAAAGUUAGCAGCUCUUUAAAUACAACAUUGUAGAUCGCUGAACUUUGGUCUCAACUUAACCAAAAAAAUCGCGCAAAAUAAACUCUAAGUCUUGGCGGCGCAAAGAGACCUAUACAGACAGUUCAAAUGCGAGCCAAAUGACAUGACCAAUCUAGCACAAAAUCAAAACCAACUCAAUUCAAUGCAAAGUUCAAAAAUGUCGUCAUGAUUAUGUGUGCAACAUGCGCGUCACAUUAAAAACCAACUGUUCGACAACACAAUCAUCAAACACACUUCGUGUGACAUUGCGCUUAUUUUGAACUCAGAAAAAUACCGAACUAAGAGGAACAAAAGCAAAUCAAGUUUAAAAAACUAUAUAAAAAAAUGAGAAUGCAAUUGUUAAACAAAAUCUCAAAUUCAUACCAAUUUCAAAUAUGGUUUUGGAAUUGAGCAUGGAAUAAAAUGAACAAAUAGAGAAUAUAUCAGAGUGUUGAGUUUAUUGAACAAAAGUGUGCGUCAACUAGAAACCAAUAAAUAAAUAAAACUGCACUCAAAACAUUUUAAAAAAGCUGACUGCCAUUUAAAAUAAAAAAAAAAAAUAAUAAAAAUAACGAAACUUACGUCAUAAACAAAAAUCUAGUGUUAAAUUUAGCGCCAUAUGAUGAUAAAUGUAUUUGAUCGAAAUUUGUGGUGCGAUAUGAGAGACACAUAAAUUAUAAAUAACGUUUUUCUUCUUGCACUGGAACGAUAGACUACGCGAAAAACAAAUCCAAAAUAAAGAAAUUACACUACCGUUCGACUAGAUAUUGUCAAUGAACUUACAUCACUUUUAAUAAAUUUCAACAAAAAAACAUACUAAAAUUGACUGCCGCUACAGGCUCAAUGAAGAUAAUUAUGAAUAUCGUCAAAAAAAGCAAAAUAAGUGAAAAAGACACUUUUAACGAUUAAUGUGAAAUAGACACACACACAAACACACAAACACACAAAUCAAACAAAACAAAACCCAGUUUGAAAAAGAGUUUCGAUGGUCAAUUUAUUUUCACUAAUUUUAUUUUAUCACAUUAUCCCCGUAAAAUGAAUUCAUUUGGGAUCGCUCAACAUCAAGCGCUUUUUGCUAAAUGUGAAGUGAAUAGCAUUCUAAUAAAUAAACGUCAAUAAAUAAAAUAAACCAAACACGCGCAAAAAAAAUCGUGCUCACUAAACCAGGCACAGAAUAAUUAAUAAAAAAAUCACAACAAAAAAGUUUUUCUUCAAACAAACAAAUGUUUAAAAAAAAUCAUCGAACAUGCAUAGAUUAAUCCCAACACUCAGUCAAAAACAAACCUACUUUCAAUCACAUUCAUUCAUAUAAAAUUUAAAACAAUAAUAUAAAUAAAUUAUUGUACGUGAAAGAAAAGCGAUAUUUUAGAGCCACACAUUUUCACAAAAACACACUCAAAACCACUUACUUAAAUGAAAAAAAAAACAAAAACCGAUUUUUUUUUCAAUUUAAAUGAAACUCAAGAAUAGAAUAUUUUUAAAAGAAAAAAUAGGCAAUUGAAUAUAUUAAAAAACUAAGUUUAUAAAAUCAUGAACGACAUUGCGCAUAUUUAGCAUAAUUAAAAAAAACACAUAUGAUUAAAUAAAAAAUAACAACAAAAAACACAUUCAUAAAUUUAAAAUUAUAAAAAGACUUAGAUAAUUUUAAUGAACUUAACGAUUUAAGCCAGUUUAAGCAGAACGCGCAACAGCUAAGCAAAUAACAAACCAAACAAAUCGAUACGAAUAACUAAACCACAACUAGAUAUGCAUAAUUUAAAUUUGAAAAAUUAAAAGAAACAUCAAGAUCGAUUAAAAAUACAUGUGCUUUAUAUCGUCUACCAGGCACCAUCAGCAUCAGCAGUAAUUUAAGGCUUUUUAAACAAUCGCACUUCAACAAUCACAUGAAAACAAUCGAGGAUUAAAAUUUUGUUCACUUUUCGCUGAAAAAAAAAACCAAAGUUUCUCCACUCGCAAUAUCAGCAAUGAAAAAUCUUUCGUUUUGCGCCAUGCCAUUUCGCAUUUUCUAGGAAAAAAACAUAAGAAAUAAAAACCAUGAACAUGAAAAACGUCUAUGUGCUAUAUUAUGAAUUAUGAACAACAACAAAAAACAGGAGAAAACAACAUACACACAAGUAUUCGACUAAGAGCUAGAAACGCAUUUUUUUAUAUACAUUUUUUGUUCUUUCUUUCUGCGUGCAUUCGACAAAAACAAAACACACAGCUAAGCAACAAAUCAAGAAAAAGAGCCAGCCAAAUCAGCCAGCAGCCACAACAAACAACAACAUUUUUUGAUAUAUUGCUUUAAAGAGGUGAGGCGAACUUACAACAAACCAAACAACAACUACUAACAAUUUUAUCAUUAAACUUUAAAAAUUAAGCAAAAACGUAAAAUUAACAAAACAAGCAAAAAACAAACAAACAAAAAAUGAUUGUCACCAAUUUUAUGCAAGAAUGCUAAAGUCUUAAUACACAAUCUCACACACAACACACACAAAUUAACACACAUACACCAAAUUGAAUCACCAACUCAAUGAUGAGAAGACAAACGAAUCACUUCUAAACAUCUUUUGACAAUUUUAAAACGUGAAAAAAUGCAUAUUUCAUUUUGAAAUCGAAAGUCGUGUGUUGAUUUACCCACAUUCCCAAAAGUGAAAGGAAUUUAAAAUUCAAUUCGACUUAUAAAUUCGGUUGCACACUUUUUUAAGCAAAUAAACAAGCAAAACAAACAAACAAAGACAAUUUAAAAGAAAAUGCUUUAGAUUAGCGGAAGGAAAAAUAAAUUUGUAUUUUCAUCAUUUGUGCAAUGAUGUUAAUCAAACCCAUUCGACUAGAUACUAGUUUAUCCAAAAAAAUGGAAGAAAAAUCUAAACUAAAUUUAAACAAAAAAUUGUACAAUCGAAUAGAUAAAAUAUAAUGUUUAAGAAAUGUGUCCCAAUCAGAAAAUCUAUCCAAGCGCGGCGCAAUGAGUUAGUUGAGGGAAAAUUUAUUAAAAAAAAAAAGAAAAGAAAUCAAAGCAUUAGAUUAUAGCGAAUGAUAAUGUAGAAAUUUUUAGAAUCCACAUUAUGUGAAAAUAAAAUAUAUUGGAAAACUAUGAUGUAAAUGUGGUGCGCGCGCGCUUGUCGAUCAAAAUUGAGUGACCAAAUACCAAGUGAAAAAGUAAAGAUAAAUAGUUUAGUUUUUAAUUGAAUUAUUGAGUUUUCGGUUCGGUAAAAUAUUUCACUGGAGCGUUAAUGUGUAGCACUAUGUGUUCACGUUAUUCGUUUGGAGGGAUGAACAAUUUAUUUAUUUUUUGAAUUAGUUUCGCUUCUUUAUACGCGUGAUUAUUCUUUUCAUUUCUUUUUAUUUUGAAAUCACCUAUAGAUGUGGGAUUUAUACGUAGGAUAUUUGUACAUAAAUUCAAAUAUUUUAGGAAAAUUGGGUGUGUGUCUUGAAUUUAGCUUAUGACUGAUAGAUACGAUUUGUUCUUCUUUAUUUAUUUUAUCUCUCUGAUACGCACGCAUAACAGAAUUUAAAUUUCGAAAAAAAUACAAUAAUCUGAUUGCGUAUGAAUGUAAAUACUGGAUGAAUGACUCAUAAUGAAUUAAUUUAAGAGAAAGAGUUAUCGAAUGAUAAAACAACGAUUUGAUUAAAUUUAUAUCUAAUUUCUCCCAUUCUUCGAUUUUCUUGUUUGAUCCGUAAAAUGAAUGGGAUUUUGAUAGCGCAUUGUCCAACCCCGACAAAACUGAGACACACACACACACUUACACACAAUCAAUCGAUUUAUUCCCUCCGACGAUUGCCCAUUUUAUCUUAUGAACAAAGAAAAUCACAUUGAGCUUAUUUUUCAUUUUCAACAUUGGUGUGCAAGUGAUCACAAAAAAAUUAAAAUAACAAAAAAAAAACAUGCCAACAACUCUCUAUCCAAAAGCUGAUUUGCUGAAUGUAAAGUUGUUUUGUAAUUUUAUGCUACUACUUUCGUUUGUCGGCAAAGUCAUGCAGAGCUUCUUAAAAAUUGCUUUGAUCGAUUAUGUACCCAAUAUCGGCACCGACGUUAUGGUAAAUUUUCAGUGAAUCUUUCUCAUCAUAUAUAAGUCUAAAACUCUUUCGAUUAUAAACACAACAACACCACGCGCACAUUUGACCAUAAAAUGCAUUACACACGAAAAUUUCAACAACAACAAAGUAAAAGAAUAUUUUUUAAGAAUCAACCAAAACGAAAAUCCUGCCAUUUUCAAGUAGACGAAGAUCUAAACUUAGUUUCAUCAGCUUCGCUUUGUACCGAGAACAAAUGCAAAACCAAUAUAAAUGAUAUUUUCUGUAUCAAUUUCCGAGUAAGAGACGAGUCUUGACGAUGACCGCCCAACGUAAUAAGAAAAUUAAAUGCAAACCAUUUUCGGUUUAAUAUUGCCCCGCCCACAAUUUCACUUCUUUUUUUUAUUUCGUUUUUAUUUUAGCCAAUAAAAAACCGAAUGAAAAAACAUAAGAAAAUAAGAGCGAUCAGUUUAAUCACCUCAAAUUGAUCAAUCGAAAAUCAUUCUUCGAAAAUACGGUAUCAAAGUAGGUAAUUAAAAUAGCAUUAAAUCAGAAACAAUUUUAGCUUUUUGAAAUAGCUAAACGAUUAUUAUGAUUUCAUUUUCUACCUAAUUUGAAAUGUGUUUUUUUUAACAAAAAGCUUAUCUCGAAAUUAGGUUGCAAUUGUGAUUAGAAUUGAUUUUUCUAUGCAAUUUAUGUGUGUUAUCUCUUUUAGAAAUAAAAUAACAACUACAGCAAAGGAAAAUCGAAACAAUUUUCCGUUUAAACGAUAUACAAACAAAAAAAAUUAUUCUUCUUCUCUGUCUCAACAAUAAUAAUUGCAUUUAAGAAAGACACAAACUAUUAAAUUCAAGUAAAUCAAUUUGAUCGCAUUUAGAUAUAAAAUAGCUAAAUGAAAAUCAUUUUUAGAGGACACACAGAAACACGAACACAAUGAAUGAACCAGAUUAUCGCAUCGAAUAUUGUGUGAGACAUAAAAGAACAAAAAAACAAACAAACAAACAUGCUAAUUAAACUCUCAUAUGUUGCAUUCGAUCGAUUCCAGAGCGCUUAUCAAGCCAAUUUUCGUUUGAAAAUGACGCAAAGUAUUUACUUUGAUUUCAUACCGCCUGAAUAAUUUUCCUUUCUUUUUAUGUAUGUGUGGAAUUUAUACACUUGUCCAGCAACUAAAUUCGAUUAAUUAAAUACUGAUUUUCUGCAGUUGCAAAAGCUUUGAAGUGAUGAAGUGAAGGAGCGAGAGUGGGGAAAAGAGCACAAUAAUUCCAAUAUCUAUUCUUUCACAAUCCGCCAAUAAUGGCAAAUCUUUGGAUAAAAUCUUCCCAGGAUCCAAAGAGAUGCGAUUAUUUGCAUUCAAUACCUCACGUUUCACAGCACCGUGUCGAUCACCGUUUAGAGUUUGUCACAAAUAUAAAAAUUAGUCAAUCGAUAGCAGUAAUUUUUCGAUAGCAGCCAUUGCCCAUUCCAAUAAACCAAUACAUGCAUACAUAGAUGAUCUGUGUGCGUGUUCGAUUUUCAUUUUCGAUUGAAAUUUCGAGUUGAAAAAUUGCCCAUUUAAUUUUAAUACGUGUGCAAAUAAAAUUCGAAUGAAAUCGAAUCUGAAUAUAUGAUCUGCUGGUGUUUUUAAGGCAGAAAUUAGUGUCCAUUUUAAAUGAAAGAUAAUCAUAGAUCAAAAUGCAACAGUCAUUUGCUUCAUAAAUCCAUCUCAAUAGCCAAAAUAAUGGAAAAACUACACAACUUUACUCCCUUCAUAAUUUCACGCAUUUGAUCCUACGUUUAUUUGACCAAUUGUCACAAACACACUAUCAAUACCAAGAAAAAAAAACAACAUUCUCCAAAACACAUACUACUGCAAAAUCAAUCACACAAAAAAUAAACAAGGAAAAGCGAAAACAAACUACAAUUUAUGGCAAAAAAAAGACAAA